AGAAAUGAUUAGUACUGUAGUAUGUACACGGUGGAUAAAAAGUGGAAGGGAGGGACGAAUGAGGACGUGCCAUACAUUUAAACUUAACAGACUGAAAACAAACUUCUGAUAUGAUUCACAAUAAUAUUGCCUCUCCUUUUAGAAAGUGAAAGAGCAACUCCUCCUUCUGGGCAAGGGAAGUGUUUGUGUUUCUAGGAAAACACUAAGAGGGAGAACAGGAUAAUAGCUUGCAAACUUGGGAAAACCUGUUGCGGGACUAUUGGUGUUGCUGUAGGAAAAGUUGUUCUGUUGCAGGGGGUUGAACUUGGGUCUGGAGCCCCAGCCUCAGGUUCGCUCUCUCUGAAGGUUUAGAGCUCAGGUACAGAGCUCCCUUCGAGGACAGCAAGCCAAGCAUCUCAUCAUCUCUGAGAGCACUCCCACAGCUGUGCCUUUCACUCUUACUGCCAAAAUAUUCCUUUACAUGUUCCUAAUGGACAACUCCACAACACAAGCAUCUGGCAUAAAUAAUAAGGGAUCAGAUGGUCGCUACUUCGAGGCUAUAGUUGGAGUUGUCAUUGCUGUGGUCGUUCUGGUCCUUCUUCUCGUCAUAGCCGUCGUAUUGCGGUAUAUGUACCAGCAAAAGGGCACUUAUCAUACCAACGAGGCCAAGGGCACAGAGUUUGCAGAAACGGCAGAUGCUGCUCUUCGAGGAGACCCAGCCCUGCAGGAUGCCGUGGAUGAGAGCAAGAAAGAAUAUUUCAUAUGAGACACAAUGCCUGGGCCUUUAUGUGCAUCAAAUAACAAACUUCAGGCUGAAAUGAUGUCUGAAUCAUUAAUUGCAUCCUGUUUGCUUAAACAGCCUAACAGCUCACAGACUUUCAGCAAACAGAAAGAAACGUGAAGCGCAUUCGAAAAUCUCUAGAUUUUGAAGUUUGUUAUUUUGUUUCUUGAAGAAAAGAGGUUAAAAAGUUUAGUGGAGCAUUUGAUGGGAAACAGGCUUGCAAUUGUAGCCUAAAUUAAGCUAUUAAUCAAUAGGGGCAAACUAGUUGAGACCAAAUGCUGGUUUGUAGGUUUUUGAAAAUUUGUAUUUCUCAGAACUUUGGAACAAUGCUGCCAUGCUGUAAAAAAGGUCUAUGUUGUGUUAUUCUUGGUUUUAAAUGAUUAGUAAGCAGAAACAAACAAAUUUAUGGGAAAAACAAAAGAUAAGUGGGUUUGGUUGGAAAUUACACAAUAAUUACACAUUUUUUAGUAAUUAAAAAAUUACCUUUAUAAGAUCAUGGAUUACAGUCAAGGUAUGUUUAAAAUUAGCUACUUGCUAAUUUUUGUUAUAUAAAACAAAAGUUGAUUGACUAUAUCUAGUUAUUACCAAAAUGUGGAGUUUGUGCGUCUAAUGUUUAAAAAAAUACCAGGACAUGAAAAUGUAUCAUAUCAUAUCUCUUUGUAUUUUUGUUUUCAUUGUAUUCGACACUGAAUGUCAGCAACAAACAUCAGCUCAGAAGAAAGUGAUGAUAUUCAGGUGAAGUGAAGUUCGGUUUUGUUACAAAGAAUUUAAAUGUGAGUGACUUUUUUACAUUUAAAUGCAAAGGUAUAUGUGUUUGUCUAGAGUGUGAAAGUUGUUAGACAGCACUCCAGGAUGUGACAAGUGGAACAAACCCAGAAGACAAACAUAAUAUGCAUAUAAUUGCUGUGUCUUACAGAUAUAUCGAAAAAGCCAUAGGGUUGUUAUUUACAGAAAGCUUUUAAUUGCUAAUAUUUAUAUAUGCAUUAUAACUAUGCUGCUUUAAUUGUGAUGAUUCAAAAAAAAUAACGAUUUUCUAAGAUGCAUUUCGACUGAUGCUAUGAAAGGUUGCUUGUAACCAGAGGCAUCAAUAGACUAAAUAAGAAACUCUCAAUGUGAGCAAAAUAUCUGUUUCGCCUUAACUAAAUGCCUUAACCUAAUGUCAGGUGUUUUUCACAACAAAUAAAAUGCACUCAAAAAUA